GCGCGAAACACCCGCCCCAACCUCGCAAAAUCAGAACCCCUCGCCGGCGGCGGCGACGACGACGACGACCAACCCUAGGUGAGUCCACCCCCCUCCGCCGCCGCCAUCUUCGCUUGCCAUGGUGAGCAAGGGGAGGAUGCCGCCAUACCACCACCGGGGGGCGGGGGAGCCGGGGCCGGGGCCGGCGCACGGGAUGAUGCGCCGGGACCCGUACGGCGGGCCGCCGGGGAUGAUGCUGCCUCCGCCGGCGGCGGCGGUGCUGGCGGGGGCGGGGUCGGGGGCGUUCCCCUACGAGAUGCUGCCGGCGCCGGAGAUGCUGGAGCAGAAGCUGAUGGCGCAGCGCGGGGAGCUGCAGAAGCUGGCGGUGGAGAACGACCGGCUGGCCGUGAGCCACGAGUCGCUGCGGAAGGAGCUGGCCGCCGCGCAGCAGGAGCUGCAGAGGCUGCAGGCGCAGGGGCAGGCGGCCAGGGCGGCGGAGGAGCAGGAGAUGAGGGGCCUCCUCGACAAGGUCGCCAAGAUGGAGGCCGAUCUCAAGGCCUGCGAUCCCCUCAAGGCUGAGCUGCAGCAGGCGCACGCCGAGGCGCAGGGCCUCGUGGUGGCGAGGCAGCAGCUGGCCGCCGACACGCAGAAGCUGAGCAAGGACCUGCAGAGGAACCUCGGCGAGGCGCAGCAGCUCCCGGCGCUCAUGGCCGAACGCGACGCCGCUAGACAGGAGUAUCAGCACCUCAGGGCUACGUAUGAGUACGAAAGGAAGCUCAGGAUGGACCACUCUGAGUCGCUGCAGGUGAUGAAGAGGAAUUAUGACACCAUGGUUGCCGAGCUAGACAAGCUUCGUGCCGAGCUGAUGAACGCAGCUAAUAUCGACAGAGGCAUGCUAUACAAUACUAAUACCACACAGAAGGAUGAUGGUGCACCUAGUCUUCCUGUUGGACAAAUUGCUUAUGAUAGUGGUUAUGGAGCUGCACAGGGAAGGACACAACCUGCUGGUUUGGGAGACUCUUUAAGCAGAAACCCAGCUGGCACAGCUCCUCGUGCUGGAUUUGACCCAUCAAGAGGCAAUAUAUAUGAUACUUCUCAUCUUGCUAGCUUCAGUUCUUCAAAAGUUGGAGGCCAUGAUGCAUCAAGGGGUACCACAGGCUAUAAUUCUUUGAAAGGUGCUGGAUAUGAUCCUUCUAAAGCAUCUGCACUUGGAGGACAGGCAACAGCUGCAGCUGCUCAUGGGAGUAAUGCAGAUUACUAUGGAUCAAGUCAAGCCGCACCACCUUCAUAUGCUUGGGGACAAGCUGCAUCCACUUAUGGAUCUGCACAAGUUUCGCAGUCACAUGCAUCUGCGCCUGUUCAAUCGACAUCCUACAGCGCAGCAGCUGUGCGUACCUUUGGCUCUACCCAGGCUUUACCAUCAUAUGCACAAGCACAGGAGCAACCUUCAUAUGGACACACACAACUACAAUCAUCCUAUGGAUCAGCGCAAGCACCAUUUACAUUCGCCCCAGCACAAGGGGUGUCACCUUAUGGAUCAGCUUCACAGCCUCCACAGUAUGGAGCUGGGCAAGCAGCAACUAAUCCUGGCAGUGCUUAUCAAGCUCCCCAUGGACGUAAAUAAAUCAGCAAAGUUGCCUACCGAUGGAUUGUUAUUGGCAAAAGAAACACUACACUUCUUUAUACACCAGAGUUCAAUUUCCAUUCCACAGCUUCCAAAUCUCGUCGUUUAACUGAUCUGAGGUGAUUCUUGAAUAGUCUGGGGAAGUAAUGUUGUGCGAGAUGUGGAUGCUUCUGUAAAGUGUAAACUUAUCUUUGGUGUUUUAAGGCCCUUGUUUUAUACUCUCGAGCCUCCAGGUUAGGCAACCAACGGAAGCAUGAUUUAUGACAAGAGCUGUAACUGUUGAUUUUUAAUUGAUUAUCUCAAGUUAGGCGAUUGUUUGUCAGUUCAAA